AUGUGGUCCAAGCUGCUUUUCGUUGUUCUCUUCGGAAUUUACCUAGCCGCCAACUUUGAAGUUAAUGAUGCUGUGGUCUUUAGGUUCACGAACUUCGUCUGCAAGAGCUACAAUACAUCCGCGUUUGUGUUCCAUAACUGUCGCCUGAAGGCCGUCAGUCGGGAAAGGGUGCUCCUCAAUAUGAAUGGGACGGUACUACAUUCGAUAAAUAAUGUAUCGCUUCAUGCCAAGAUUUUCAAAAGAGCAAACGGCUUCCAGCCGUGGCUUCUGGAAGGAACCGUCGAUGUGUGCCGAUUUUUGCAGAAGAGAAAUAAUCCGUUUAUACGUAUCGUCUUCAAUCUUUUCCAGGAAUUUUCCAACAUCAACCACACAUGUCCGUAUGUGGGUCCACAGAUUGUCAAGGAUUUCUAUCUGAAGCCCGAGCUACUGCGACUGCCCUUUCCAACCGGAGAUUAUCUGUUGUCGAUGCAGUGGCUCUUCUAUAACAGACCCCAAUUCGAUACGAAUGUUAGCUUCGCCUAUGUGGAGGAUCUGCUCGUACUUAAAAAGAAAAACUAA